UCUUAUCAAGAAUCAGACAUCUUGGAAGUGCAUCCCAUAGUUGAGUUUCAGUGGAUUGAUAUUGAGAACUUGACAGAAUUCAGAGCCUGUAGAAACUCCAUUCAAGGUGCCUUGCUGAUUGUUGAUGAAAGAGGUACAGAAAGUUGUAAAAAUACACUUAUUGGGUACCAUACAACAGAACAUGUUACAAUCCCAAUAUAUCUUAUUCACAAUAAACAGACCACGAUUACUUGUACUGGCAAAUUAUAUUACUUGUUUGCCCCCUGAAAUACCAUGUGAUAUCACUUUUAUACCAUCAAUCCUAAAGCACAAGCAAAGAUGGCGGGUAUUGUGAAUAAGACCUAUUUAAAACUAAACACAGUACAUACAGGAAUAAAAAGAUCCUUUUGUUUUAUUAUGAUUAUUCAUUCCACAAGACAGAGUAUUAAGAGAUUGCUGUUUAUUACACGUAGUUUCAGCAUAAUGUUGCUAGCCUGAAAUAUUCAUCUGUUACAAGCAAUAAUUAUUAAAACAUGUUUCCUUUGACAACUAUAUACCCAACAAAUUGUUUAUUGAAAGUGCAGGAAACUCAACUGGAUUCACCCAGUUAGUGUUGGUAUUCCUGGUUAAGUUUGUUCCACCAUAAAAUGUACUUGUAAACAAAAUAAACAGUUUAAUGACCAAUAUGAAAUUCAGUAUAUAACUGUAUGUUUUACAAUGGUUUUGGAGCAGUUACUUAUGCUUUCUUUAUGUACAUGUACAUGUUGGCAAUAGAUGAGGCAGACAUCCAGUAUGCAUGGUACACUUUACACCAUAAAAUGGACAGUGGUUUUGGUUUUAAGAAGUUGUUCAUUUAUUGCUAUUAUUUCGACAACAUUUUAGGAUUUGUUUGUAAUCGGAAGGAUCUGUCUGCCAGUGGAUGCUGUCACAGUGGGGGGGAGAGUACUCGUCGCUAUGAGUGCACAGACUGCCAGAGUAACAACUGCUGUAGUAUCUAUGAACACUGUGUAUCUUGCUGUUUGAGCCCUGAUAACGUAAGUUCAAAAAAAAUGAUUCACUGAAUACAUACAUGCAAAUAAAGGGUGCAUUCCUUUGGGAUGAUUCAGAUCAGGAUCAGUGAUCUGUGAUCACUUGGAUCAUGGUAGAUCAAAUGAAUUGAUGAAUCCACUCUCGACAAGGAUUCAUCGGUUCAUUUGAUCUACCAUGACCCAAGUUAUCUCAGAACACUGAUACUGAUGGGGAACAUCUCAAAGGAACGGACCCAAAGACAAGCAUAACAGUUUUACAUGCAAUUUAUUUUUCGCAAGGAAAUGAUAUAUUACUUGACCUUUCAUCUCUAUUUUUCUACAGAAAAAGUUACUGGAACACAUUUUAAAGCUUGGCUCUUCAGUACCCAAUAUAAUAUCAAAGUCAGUCAAAGAUCAAUUUGAGCUGUGCCUUGUCAAAUGUCGAACCUCAUCCAAGGUAACCAAAACUUUUUUACAUCUAUUUACGUGAUUAUUUACACUGCAUCUACAGCUGUACAUGUAGUCACAUGUUAAGCCUCUAUACAUGGUGUAUAAUAAUAUUUUGCUGACACAUGUGACAUGGUAAACACAAAAAGGCUCCUCAAAACUGACAAAGCAAUCUGUGCUAUUACAAAAAAAAAAACUUCAAUAAUUAUUCUUAUACAGUAAGUCACAUGUAAUCAAUGGUCUGUGCAAAAUCCCAUUAUCGUAUCAUUAUUAUAAACAAUUAUACUCAUUCUUUCAUAUUUCCACAGAGUGUUUGGCAUGAGAAUUCAUACAAAGAUAGACGAUUCAAACAUUGCUUUGGCUUAAGUGGACCAGACUUUGCUGCUGCUUAGCUCCGAAAUCCAAAAUUUAUUAUUAUUAUAAUAAUUAUAAUAAUCAUUUCUAACAAUAAUUUAUUUUAUUUUUUCAAACUAUGCUGCAAGGAGUUGAAAGUCAAUACUGAGAUACUUAAAUGUUGUAAAUACUUUUAAACCAUUUUUUAAAACAGAACCAUUCAUUUGCAUCAAAAUAGGUUAUUAAAUUAUGAUAAUCAGCGAGUUAUUAACAUUCAUUUGUUAAACCUGAUUAAACAUUGUGUAGAAAGAUUUCUACCUCAUUGGGAUAUUUUGGGCUGACUUGCUUAAAUUGAUUUAAAAGUUUAUCAGUUAAUCAGAGAAUAGUAUUAUAUAAAUAAUAUUGUUGUACCUUACCAUUCUAGUUUUAUGAAUGCAUUGUUCUCUAUUUAUACUUUAAGCAUAAAAUAAAUCUGUUCUUUUUCAGUAAAUGUAGAGCUCUUUCCUCUUGCAAUGAACAUGACGUUUUAGUACAUAAAUACUCACCCCGCACAGUACAUGUACAAUAAUGUUUUUCUAGUAAACAGUAAGUAUGCUUUAAUUUCAAAUUUUAAUUGAGCCUUGCAAGAUAUAACAGUAAGUAUCUUUUUUGUAAAAAGUGAAUUGUGUUUAAAAUAUUUCAAAUAGUUGUUAAAUUUUAAUAAUUUAUUAAAGGUUUGGCCUCUUCUUUAUAAACUUUCAAAAAUUCUUUGUUAGUCCAGUUUGCAUGGUUAUUAUUGAAGUGUUAUUUCUGUAAAUAAAUUUAACUGCUGACAAUGAGUAAAAAUGAACAAAGUGCAUACAAGUUGGAGUGGAUGGAUUCCUGCCUUCAUGAAACACUCUUACCAGGCUCACCAUGGCACAAGGUACAUUAACAAUCAAGAAGUCAUGUAAAGUUUGUCAUGAAAGAGAGUUUUGUUUAUCGUUUAUGUCAUGAUUGUCUUAUAUAAGACAUGUAGAGUUUGUAGUUGAAGACUGAUCCUCCAGGUACACACUGUACAACUGUAAAUGUAGGUGCAGUCCUGAAUAAGACUGUUGGUGGCAGGAACUGUCACCAACAGACAUAAUCAUCUUAUUCAAGAUUAUACUCCUGUCAAUGAUCAUUUUCAGCCUGCUUUGAUGACUCCUGGGAAGUGACUUUAAGCUCUCCUUUCCCCUCAAACCAUUCAAUCCUGGAAAUUUUGCCAAAGACACUGUUUUCCAGCCAGUUUUUGGUCCUUACCUGGGCAAAACGGACUAACCCAAACUGUGGUUUUCAACUUAAAUAGUAUGCUGGGUUCUUGUUCCUAAUGCUAAACCAAAUUUCAGGCAUGCAGGGAAGGAAAAAUUUUGAAAUAUUUUGGGGGGUAAUUAGAAGUGACACUGUCGCCUCAUCAUUGUUUGUGUUUUGCAGACUAUUACGUUAAUACAUGUAUUUACUACAUGUAGGCUUCAUCUCAGUGGAAAAAAGAUUCCACAAAACUCUGGAAUCAUAAAAUUAUUUUGAAGGAAAUAUGGGUGGGUGUAAGACAAUUUUUUGGUCAACUUUUCAUUGUUUUUUUUUUUUUCAUUUUUUCUCCAGCCUACUUGACUGAAUCAUGUUCAUUUGGGACUGAUUAGAAAAUCUUGUCAGUCGCAGAAAUUAUGCAGAAACAUUAUCUAGUGACCUUUUAAACUGAUGAUGUGAUUACUUAAGCAGUAUAAGAGACAUUGAGUAGUUGAGUAGUCUGUUUGACAGUAGGGAGUUUAAACAAUGACAAUGGCAAGGUCAACAAGAACGGCAAAAAAGCAAUAAUGGUUUAGAUUAGCAAAACAACAACUUUGCAUGUGCAUCACGCUUUUUUGUACAUUUCUUUGCCGUCACUGCACGACUACGACGUGAAAAUGCCUAUUUUCCUGUUUGUAGAGGAUGUGAACUCAAGACCACGACUUUCUUUUUCUUCUCCUGAACUUCAAUACAGUCUUUUAUAAUUCAACUCCACUAAAAAUUGUCAACAUUUGAUGAAUUGAACAAGAUUGAAUAGGCACGAUAAAGUUUAAAGCAACGCAACUUCACUUUUGGAGUGACGUUUUCACAGCCGUCGCCGUUGUUGUUGCUUAAGCUCCCUAGUUUACACAUGAAGACUGCAUACUUAAGUUAGGGUGCAUACUUAGUCAGGGUGCAAAGAAAGUCAGUUUUACAGCCUGCCAUUCGGGCAAGCUGUAGCUAGCAUGUACUAGCCCACAAGUCAUUUCAACUAACCCGAAAACCAUUUUUGAUUAGCAGGAUUGAUUACAAUUCUUCUGUAAUUUGAAUUUUCCCUCAAAGCAGCACUUGCCCGUCGGGCAAGUUAAGAACAAAAAUCACUAGCCCGACAGCAAAAUCCACUAGCCCCCAGCUAUCGGACACGACUUUCUUUGCACGCUGCUAGUGUGUACACAGUUUGUAUUGUUUAUAGGGAGUUUAAGAUAUCAUGGUGGUGGCAGCAGUGAAAACAUCUCUUGAAAGUGAAUCUGUGUUUGAUCGAUCUCCAUCAUGAUUAUUCCAAAUUGCUCACCAUGCCAAAUGCAACUGAACUCUUCUGGAGUUGAAUUUCAAAGAACCAUAUCCAAGUUUAAUUGUAUGGCUGACCCCAGCAAAUUUUAUGUUUUUGACUUUUGUCUCGUGGUGUGUUGAAAAUUAGGGGUUAUAUGAAGGAUAUGUAUUACAUUGCAGUUUACAUUGAAUUUUGUCAGGUCAAAAUAACUGAAAGCUUGAAAUAAGUUUGAUUUCUAUUUUCCUUUGUGAUCAUUAUUUACAACAGACAAAACACAUGUACAUUUUGACCUGAAAUUUACAACCUACUUGUACAACACUCUUAGAUCACCAUUUUUGAAUGGACUUGCAGAUUAGAGAAGCUAUUAACAACAGUCUCGCAACCAAAGUGAAAAGCUACUGCAAGAAUUCUCCAAGUGAAGCAAUCCAGCCCUUAUUGGAUCUACUGGGACAGCAAUUUGUUGAGAAAUAUCUUUCUUACUACGAACAGGUGAAUUAUUAUAUGUUUUUCUCUUAUACUGUAGGUACAACUUUGUCCCUGUCAAAUGCAUGUGGGAGCAUGCAAUACAUGUUUGUAAAUACAUGUAAAGGGAAAAUAAAAGCCAUAUUUUGCCAUGAUAUUCAUUAUUAAUCCCUGCAGGGCAGUGUAUAUCCCUCUACCUCAUCACCAUCUGAAACCAGAAAAGAAGAAGCUCAGAAGUG